CGAGCGUCGAAGAAAGCGACGCUGGCGGAGACAUCGACAAUGAGCCCGGAGCAAAGUUCCACAAAAAUACAGGCAGAUAACAUUCUAUUGAUUUUUCAAAACGUUCGUUGAACCAAUCAGAGAGACAGGACUAUUUUUAAAGGGUGAGGUUGUUGUUAGGUUUUUACAAAGCUAGUGCGGACCUAAACGUACCUAAUGUGUGUGCAGUUUUAACAUUUGUAACGAGCGAGAGCUCGUUCAACCUCCGAUGCAGGUGGCAACUCUUUUUCGCGAGUCCUCCACGUUACUGGGAGCGACAAUGGAAUCGGGCGGAAGCGGAGGUGGCCAGGACUCAGGUGCCUCUGGCCUAGGCCCUGGACCUUUGCCCUACGAGUCCUACAACCACCCAGUGACCUUCUCGAAUAAGUACAAGCUAAAUAUGAAACUGGAGCCUCAUGACGAUGGUUAUGAAACUGGUGCUGAUAUGCUUUUAAACACUGCCAGUAUCACUCAUAACCAUGAAGUAAAGUGUGAAAAAUUGGAAGACCCCUACAGUUUUAUUGAUGAUGACCCUAUUCCUUUGCUUCCUUCGGCACCGGGGCCUCCGCACCUUAUGCACCCUAUGCCCCCAAUCAAUAAUCAGUUGUUACCUGGCCCAAAAAAACGGGGAAGAAAAAAGAAAAUUAAACCAGAACAGCCUGAAUUUAACCAAGAUAUGAAUGGAGGAAUUCCACGGCCUAUAAAAGAACGAAAAAAACAUGAUCGAUUUAAUGGGAUGCCAGAAGAGGAGGUCUCCAAACGAACUCUACCAGAUCAUCUAACUGAAAACUUAGAUAUAAUUAUAAUUGGAAUUAAUCCUGGACUAUUUGCGGCCUAUAAAGGUCACCACUAUGCAGGACCUGGAAAUCACUUCUGGAAAUGUUUAUACUUGUCGGGCUUAACCCCACAGCAAAUGUCAGCUGACGAAGACUAUAAAUUACUUCAAGUAGGCAUCGGAUUCACGAACAUGGUACAGCGUGCCACAAAAGGCAGUGCAGAUUUAACUCGUAAGGAAAUUAAGGAGGGUAGUCAAAUUUUGUUAGACAAAUUAAGGAAAUUUAGACCUAAAAUAGCUGUAUUUAAUGGAAAGCUAAUUUAUGAAGUUUUUUCUGGGAAGAAGGAUUUUAAUUUUGGAAGGCAACCUGACGUAAUUGAAGGCACCAAUACGGUGAGUUACACAUCAUUUUUUUGUAUACCAAAUUAAGAGAAACAUCCUCAGAAAUACCCUUGGCUUCAUAAUUGUAAAUAACUCUAUUUGCAAGACUGUGAAACUAAUUUUAUGUAAAAUAAAAUUGAUUCAUUAUCAAUAAGAAUAUAAUCAG